AUGGCGUCAACACCGCCGCCCCCAUCACCAACCUCGCUCCGGGUUCCUCGAGCACCGCGUUUUGGACCCAAGCAUGACAAUUACGAACCCUACCCUACACGUUAUUCUGCUAGACUAGCAGGUCAACGCGAAGUCAAGUCUCGUCAAGUUACGCCACCCACAAGUCACUCCAGCGCAUCAAACAAAAAUGGUGUUCCCAAGAGAACACUUUCACCCUUUUCACCUAGAACUGGCCAAUCGUCCCCCAGAAAAGCAGCAAACUCUCGCAUUUCACAUUUUGAUUCUGAAUCUUCACAACCCCGCACUUCGACUGGUCAACCAUCUCGAUCAUCUGCAGAGCGUGCUCUACCCACCCCUGCUAAAACACCCUCGAAGAAGAAGAUAAUCAGCACUGAUUCCUCCACUUCUCGCGCCAUUUUCCCCACAAGCUCUGCCCCCAGACGCAAGAAGUUGGAUAUUGCCAUGGACCCGUUUGAUGACCUUGGCACCCCUCUGGGCGGCUCGACUGGAUACACUCCUCAUGUCAGAGGCCAACCUGAUCCCCCUCUGAUGCGUGACAUGGGUAUUUCAUCUUUUCCCAUUCACACUGAUUCGCGCGAUCGUAUUCCUGUACGUGCUGAUCUUGGUGGGAAUCCUUUUGCCUCCAAACCUGGCAGACCUGCUACUCGUUCGACUACUACCCACGACGAUGGAGUCUGGUAUGUCUGCCGUGGCAAGAAAAUCUUCAAGCGCUUCGAGGAAAUGGAAGCAGAUGAGGAUGAGGAUGAGGAUGACCUCGGCCUCUUGGCUCGCCGCCCUGACCUGUUCACUGAUGAGCCCGACAUGUUGAAGGUCAAGCCUCUCACCCGAUCUUCUAUCAAACCCCGUAUUCUAUUCAAGCAAUCCAAGUCCGAGCCGGAGAAAGAGAUCGCCGAAGAGGAAGAUCUCACCGAUGUCGAAGAAAAUGACGCUCCAUCUCCCGCUUCUGCUGAUCUUGCUUACGAUUUCGCCGUUGACACUGUCACUCCUGACUUCGACAAAACCGACCCUCUCGCCGCUCCUGGUGCUCCCGGUGGCGUUUCUGACUCCCGUCUUGGUGGUUCUACAGGAGACACUGGAGACACUGGCAAAUCCAUUCCUGCAUCCAACAAGCGAGUUCGCACCGACAGUGGCGCUAGCCUGUUCAAUUACUACCCGCUCAGCAAGAAGCCGUCCGCAGUUGAGACCCGCGCUGACCGCCUCAAGCGCUCCCGCGAGUCGCGAGGCAGCCCUGCUCCCCGAACCCGGAAGGCCCUGCGCAGUGGAACUCCUGCUGAGGCCCCGACUUCUGCGGAGCCAGUCGUUGAUGUCUAG